UUUCGGGCUCCCAGUCUGCCGCACCACACACCCGUGCGACCUCACCCGAGAGCGAGCAUGCCCCCGCCGCCGCGGCCGCCGGUGGCCGCGCCUGCCCCGGCAGCACCCUGCCCUAUCCGCGUCGCGCCCAGCCGGCGCCGCAUCCCAGCCGUCCCCCGAGCCGUAUCCGUCGCCGCCUCCCACGCGCACGACGCCGCGUUCCUCCGCCGCGCCGCCGACGUGGCCGACCGCUCCGCGGGGCUCACCUGCCCGCACCCCAACUUUGGGUGCGUCAUCGCCCGGCCCGAGCCCGGCGGCCCGGAGGCCCGCGUGGUCGGGGAGGGGUUCCUCUACGCGCAGGGCACGCGCUGCGCCGAGCUCCUCGCCGCCGAGGAGGCCGGCGAGCGCGCGCGCGGCGCCACCGCCUACCUCAACCUCGAGCCGGGCGACUGCUACGGGGACAGCACCGCCGUCUCCUCCCUCGUGCAGGCAGGAAUCACAAGAGUUGUGGUGGGCCUUAGGCACCCCUUGAAGCACUUGAGAGGGAAAGCGAUUCAAUCAUUGCGAAGUGAAGGCAUUCAGGUCGAUGUUGUGGGGGAAGAUCUCCAGAGCAAAUUGUUCAAGGAAGCCCUUACUUCAUGCCUCAUCGUAAAUGCUCCAUUACUUUACCGAGCUGCCUUUCGUGUUCCAUUCUCUGUUCUGAAGUAUGCUAUGACUGCAGAUGGAAAAAUUGCAGCUAGUAGUGGGCAUGCGUCUUGGGUAAGCGGCAGAGCAUCCAGAGGCCGAGUAUUUGAAUUGCGUGGAAGAAGUGAUGCUGUUAUAGUUGGUGGGAAUACAGUCCGCCGUGAUGAUCCUCGAUUAACCGCAAGGCAUGUGAAGGGGCAUGUUCCAGUGCGCAUUGUAAUGUCACAAACUUGUAACCUUCCUGAAGAAGCAAAUUUAUGGAAUGUUCAUGAGGCCUAUACAAUAGUUGCAACACAAAGAGGUGCUCGGAGAGAUUUCCAAAAGAAGCUUGCUAUGAAGGGUGUUGAAGUAGUGGAAUUUGACAUGCUAAAUCCUAGAGAUGUUAUGUCAUAUUGUUAUGAUCGUGGUUACCUUUCUGUAUUAUGGGAGUGCGGUGGGACCCUAUCAGCUGCUGCUAUAUCUGCAAGAGUUAUUCAUAAGGUUUAUGCAUUCUGUGCUCCAAAAAUAAUCGGUGGAGUAACUGCUCCAACACCAGUAGGUGACCUAGGGAUGAAUCAAAUGACCCAGGCGAUUGAUUUAAUUGAUGUUUCAUAUGAACAGAUUGACCGUGACAUGCUCAUGAGUGGAUUCAUCCAACCUAUUCCUGAUCUAUCACCUGUAAUACCAUCUGCUGAUGAAAUACCUUCAGUUGAUCCAGAAGUAUCCCCAUAUGAAACAAACAUUAUAUCCUUUUACAAGACUUGGGAUACCUUUGGGGCUUUCUCAAACUUUUCUCCUCAUCCAAUUGACAUGCCCGACGAAAAAGGAGAUUGUUUGACAUGGCCAACAGUGGAGCACUAUUACCAGGCACAUAAGUUUGUUGGUGUUGAUAAUCCUCAAGCAAACGACAUUGUGCAAGAAAUAAAGCAGGCAAGGAGCCCUGAAGAAGCUGCUAGAAUAGGAAGGACCCGGCAAAGAGAAUUCCCUGAAUUGAUACGGCCAGACUGGGAGUCGAUGAAAAUUGAUGUGAUGUACAGAGCUCUGAAAUGCAAGUUUUCAACUUACGCCCACCUGACCGAGAUGCUGCUGUCGACGGCUGGCUCUGUCCUCGUCGAGUCCUCACCCCAUGACUUGUUCUGGGGCGGUGGGCGCGAGGGUGAGGGCCUGAAUUACCUGGGCAGACUGCUGAUGCAGCUGAGAUCAGAGAUUCUGGGAACGGUUUGAACGGGCGUUGAGGCUCGAGGACAGGAGGCGUGAGGUCUCUGCUUGUUCUUGAUAGUGUCCAUUUUGUUCUGGUGGACGACACCAAAUUUUGUCAAGCCACAGUGUUGCGUUUCUGUUUAGAGAGAGAUGAUCUUGUAUAACUAAUACUACCUGAUAUGCUCCAGUUUAAAGUGUAAGGGGGUUCAGAUGCACAUGUGAUGCUCUUCCAACAUGCAGAGCCUUGCUCAAAUAACAGUUUUUUGUUGACCA